UGCCAAUCAAAUCAAUCGACAUUUAUAUUUUAUACUUCUAAUAUUUGCUAACUUUAUAAACUUUUAACGAACUAACAAUUUUAAAUCGAUUUAAAAAUAAAUAGUCUUAAUUGUCUGGAUAAAAAAAGUGUCAUACCAGUGAUUCAGUGAAGUGAGGUGACCUUGAGAUGCUGGUGCCUGAGGCGGGCGCGACGGGCGAGCUGGUGCUGAAGGUGAUCGGGCCCGAGGGGCAGGCGCUCGUCGCCUACUACCCGGAGGACACGCUGGUGGAAGAGCUGAAGAACCGGGCCAUCGAGCACUUCUACCGCGGCGAGGCGGGCGCGGCGCGCUACAAGCUGGUGCGCGUCUGCGACUCCUCGACCCUGCACGACUUCCUGACCCUCGCGCAGCAGCAGUUGCAGCCGCAGGAGGAGCUGCUGCUGGUGGAGCUGCGCGUGCCGAUGGCGGGCGCGCUGGACCUGGGCGCGGUGCGCGCGCCCGCGCCGGCCGCCGUGGCCGCCGCCACCGCCGCGCUGCCGCCGCCCAGACACCAGCCGCGACAGCCCAACCUGCAGGCGUUGCUGUCUACUAACGAGCUGUCCCACGAGCUGAGGAAGAUCCUGAUAAGCCUGGUGGAGGCGGGCGCGCGGCUGGCGGCGGGCGGGCCGCACUACGAGCGUGCGCUGGCGCAGCUCCGCGCCGCGCUGCAGCCUCCACGCCCUGCCACGAGGCCCGUCGUCGAGGUGAUCACGCCGGAGGACAUCGCGCGGCGCAUAGCGGAGGAGCAGGAGCAGCCCCGCCCCCCGCCGCCCGUCGCCGGCAGCGACGCCUUCCGCCGCGCGGAACAUCUGCAGAGGUUUCUGGAGGAGUUCCGCGCGUGGCGGGUGUCCUGCGCGCCGGCGGCGGGCGCGGAGGCGCUGGCGGCGCUGCGCGAGCUGGGCUGGGCGGCCGCGGCGGCCGAGCAGGCGCUGCGGGCCACCGGCGGAGCCCCGCCCGCCGCCGCCGCCUGGCUGCUGGGCGAGCGCGGCGCCAGCGUCUGCGAGCUGGUGGACGGCCUGCCCGACGGCGCCGUGCUGCAAGCGCUGCUCAAGCAGCCGCAGAUCCAGCGCGGGCUGCUGAACACGCGCAUGCUGGUGGCGUUCAUCGGCAUGGUGGGCCCGGCCAACAGCGCGGCGCUCUGGCUGGCCUCCCCGCGCGGCUCGCCCCUGUUGUCGCAGAUCUCGCGCACCUACCACUCCGAGAAGUACUGCCUCGCCGUCAACCAGUUCAGCGAGGAACACAACACACGCCCGUCUACUUCCAGACAACGAUAACUUGUUUAAAAAGAGCCUCUGCAAUGUAGAUGAACUUAUAAACUUUUCUUAGUUCAUCUACUCGCUAACAGAGGGCGGUUAAAUAAAAAAAAUAUUAAGAGUUCUUAA